UUGAAUGGGAUCGACUUUGUUUUCUCUGGUUGGGAAGGCUCAGAUUGCGAUUUGAUGCACCGGGAAAGUGCAACGAUUGAUUUGGGAAUCUUUUGCAUGACGAAUUUCUUUGCUGAGAUUGCGGAGAAGAAGAACACGUCACUGCGCGACUAUGGAGCGCACUGCAUUAUCUUUGAAGCACGUCCAGCCUUGGCCAAGAGCAGCGCGGAGGAGCGAGUGGCUCCGGAGCGCCUUGGCCCACCACCACAGCCCCGAUCCCGGCGCGGACAACGAAAUCGUCGUCCUGGCCACCGGGAUAGACCAGUACUUGCAAGAGGUCUUCCACCAUCUCGCUUAUCCCAGCCGGGACGAUAAAGUGUCGGCGGAGGACUUCCGCACCCUGUGCGCCGUGCUGGGUGUCACCGGAGCAGCUCACAAAGGGAAGAAGACGAGGAAAGGGAGUGACGACGAACCGGACGAAGAGUUCGCAGACGUAUGCUCCGGGCUGCCUCGUCAGAUGACUUUUCAGGACUUUCACUCGCGUCUGUGCGGCUACUUUCGUGUGCGUUGCGCGCAAAGCGUGUGGCGACUGCCCGUUACCGAGGAGACGGAGAUGGUGGAGAGGCACAUCAGGCUGCGCUGGCCUCGCGUCAGAAGGAGGAAAUAUGUUAGUUUGGAGCAAUCGUCGAGAAAUCACAACAGAUCCACGGCUGCGGAGGACGCUUCUUCUGAAGAGUUAGGAGCUCUGAGGGAGCUGGUGGAGGACCUCCGAUCAGCGCUGCAGGGUAGCGACGCUCGCUGUUUGGCCCUUGAAGUGGCUCUGAGACAAGAGAGGAGCUGCACGCAGUCAGCUCCCAUCAGUGUUUCAUCGCCCACAACUUCCAUUUCCCUCAUACAAGGCAAACUGGUGCCCACACGCCGGAUUAAAGGGCUAAAUAUUGCUGGUGGAAGUGGUGGGAGAAGAUUGGGGAGAAGAUGGGACAUGAGGGACCCCCUUUUAAGAGAGUUGCAGUUGAUCCGUUCCUCGCGUGAUGGACAGCUGGAGGAGGCCAUCAAGUUCAAUGAACGUCUGGAGGAGGAGUUGCGAUGGGCAUACCAGGAAGUGUGCAAGCUUCAGGGGGUGGAAUCUGCCCUCAGGAGGGAGAACAUCGUAAUCAGGAGACGAGCAGAGGAGGCCAGAGAGGCUUUGAGCUUGGGCCUCGAGAGGGUGCGACUGAUUCAGGAACAAGCCGAAUCUGUGCCACACCUUCAAUCCAGGAUCACCCAGCUGGAGAGUGAACUGCAGCAGUACAGAUCUGGCUGUGUAUGUCUUCCUGAACCUUCCUCUACAAGUGGAGCAUACUGUAAGACAGAUGCUGAUUGUCUGCAGAGAGCAGUGGAGGGAAGAGCCGCCUCUGACGAAGAGGAGGAAGGUGGCAGGGGCAUGAGUGAUGAAGAGCAAUGCUGCCUUUUCAAGGUGAAGAAGCACAUCAGUCAAUCGCACGACUGGGCCAAAGGGUGUCAGAGUCACGUGAUCCCUCAGUUCCUCUCGAAGGACGACCUGCACGACUGCCACCUCAGCAGCGAUUCAAAGGGCAACAGGGGAUGCUGCAGCUGGAAGCGACAAAAGCAAGAGCUCUCAGCAAGCAGAGAAGGUUGUGAGGAGAAGAUAUCCUUCAAUGAAGAAGAAGAAGAAGAAGAAGAAAACCUUUCGUUAGUUUUCCAAAUGAGAACAGAUAGAAUAAAUAUUCAUCUUUCAGUGGCAGGGCAUCACACACAAAUCAAUCAUGAGUCCAAAUUUGAGCUUGCCUGAAGGCACUGCAGCAUAGAUCAACACAAGUUUUAAUAUGUUUUGCCUGGUUGCUCUGGUCUGCAUGUCACAUGUCCCUGUUUGUUCCCAGGAGUAUGAGGUUAACGACCCAAACAAGAAAAAAAAGAGCCCCUGUCGGGUUUAUUCAUACACAAUAAUUUUCAACAUUUUUUAAAUUGAAUAACUACUGUUGAGUUAAUAAAAUUAUUCAAUACAUGAGGUGUAUAAAAGAAAAAUCUGCCCUUGCAAAAGUAAUAAUAAUUGAGUUUUGCUUCAUGAAGAGAGGUCUACUAUCUUCGUUAUUUUUUAGUGAUGACAGGUACAAAAUAAUGUUCGAUUAGGACUCAUCGAUACCAAUACUAUCUUUGUAAAGGCUGAUAUGUUACAUAGUGAAGGGAGUGCUACAUUAUUUACAAGUGAAUAAAAGUGUCAGCCCUCUGGUGACUCAUUUUUGUCUUUGCCGAAGCCUGUUAUUAGACAUGUCAGUGCAAGUUUGUUUAAAACUGUCCUCUUAUAAAGUUCU